AUGGCUGGUCUAUAUAUCUAUGGACCCUCGCUUCCGUUCCCAGGCAUAGCAGUUGCCACCACCGUCUGCCUGCCGUUGCGUGUCAAAGCCGACAUGGACGUGGAGGCGGAGCAGGCUGCCUCAGGAAAGACGACCAUGCCCAGCGUCAGCUCGCGACUCUCUGCCCUCUGCACCAAGAUCCGCAAUCUUGCCGCUCGAGGAACAGACACGACGGUCCGGCGCGUCGGUGUUGAUUGCAUCUGCAUCGCUAUGUACAAUCUGGGCGACGCGGCGGCGCGACCUGCAGGGACGACCACGAGGAUGAGGAGUCCCCGGAUCCUCAGCACCGUGCAGUUCGAGGAGGAGUGCGUGCUCGGGGCGUGCCACAAUGGCGACGUCGUCAAGGUGCGCCACCGCGUGACCGGCAAGACCUUCGCCUUGAAGACCGUAUCAUUGCAGUUUGAGGAGGAGGAGGCCGUCCUUGCCCUGCGUGUGCUGCGGGAGGCGUGCUUCAUGGCAGCCUGUCGCGGCCAUCCCUCCCUCGUCGGCUUUCACGGCGUCGGCCGGCACCCGAGCACCGGGCGGUACUGCCUCAUCAUGGAGCACGUCGGUCCUAGCCUGAGCGACGUUUUGGAUAGCCAGCGCCGCAGCAAGCCCUUUCCGGAGCACGACGUGCGCCGCAUCAUCCGGCAGGUUCUGAGCGCGGCCAAGGCGAUGCACGACCGCGGUAUCGUCCACCGCGCCAUAAACCCUGCUAACGUCUUCGUGGGUGACAGCGGCAACGUAGUAAAGAUCGGGAACUACGGGGAGGCCACGUCCGUGUCCGAGACGGACGUGGCGUACAGAACCACGAUGGCGUAUAUGGCGCCCGAGGCAUUGCUGCCGGCACUGUGCGGUGAUACUGAGCUCGUCGACUCGUGGUCGAUCGGCUGCAUGAUGGCGGAACUCCUCACGGGCGAGCCGCUGUUUGCGUUGUGGGACGGGGACGACGACGACGACGUGGCGGGCCAGCUCUACAAGAUAUUCGACGUGCUCGGUGUCCCGGGCAAGAGAACCAUGCGGGCCAUCAAGAUGACCCGGGACCCAGAUGCCCGAGGCAUUGCUGAAGAGGUGAAGCAAUGGAGAGCGCGGCAACGGCGAGUGGGGAAGAGCCGGAACAGCAACCGGCUGGGUGAGGUGGUCCAUGAUGACGUUCUGUCCGAUGACGGGUUCGAGGUCCUCACAGGACUCCUCACGUGCAAUCCGAAGAAGAGGCUGACAGCGGCCGCCGCGCUCCAGCUUCCAUGGUUCACUGACAACGACGACUCUCCGGCCCCUGCAGUUUCUCAGGUCGGCGGCCCGUACGUUGUUGCCGCCGUCAUCACCCUUGCCGUGGGUGUCCCUGUCACCAUGUCUGCCUGA